AUGGAAGCCCGCUGGGUGACCCACGAUGGGGAUUCGAACCUAUGUCUCCCAGAUGGUAGUCCAACAACGAUACAAGAACAUGCAACUAGAGAGCCUGUGGAAGAUACAGACCCCAGCACUUUAUCCUUGGAAGAGGCCGAAAGGUAUCCCAUUCAAGAUACAGGCUCACCCAAAGAUGAGGAAUACCAAACUGAACAAGAGACACUGGAAAUAGCAUCUGUUAACAUUAGGAGCCUGACGUCUGAUGCAGGCCUGAUACAACAGCCAGAAGAAGAUGACGACAGCCCGAGUAGUACCGGCGAAUCACCCACAGCUCUGACGAAUCCGCGCACGGAAAAGGGCGUCUGCUCGUCAUGCGUGUCUCGCCAACCCACCAUCAGCGAUUUGCUGAACGACGAGGACUUGUUGUACAUGAUGAGGAUAAAGCUGGACCCCUCCCACCCCACGGUGAAAAACUGGAGAAACUUUGCGAGCAAAUGGGGGAUGACCUACGACGAGUUGUGUUUCCUGGAGCAGAGGCAACAGAGCCCCACCUUGGAGUUUUUGCUACGGAACAGUGACCGGACGGUGGAGCAGCUGAUCAGUCUGUGCCAAUUAUACCGACGAGCCGACGUGGAGAAAAUGCUGCUGAAAUGGGUGGAGAGCGAAUGGCCGAAGAGAGGCCACGGGACCUAUCACAGUAACGUCUGAACGACUGAGGGUGGUGGGCACGCCCUCCCACAGGAAGAUCUGCCU